AUGACCUUUUCCAUCCUAAGUAAAAAAAAAAAAAAUUUCUUUCACUCUACUUCUUCUUCUGCCUAUUCUUCCAACUCCCUUUUUCCCCCUCCCUCCUGUCGUCCUUUUUUCCCCCUCCCUCCUGUCGUCCUUUUUUUCCUCCUCCCUCCUGUCGUCCUUUUUUUCCUCCUCCCUCCUGUUGUCCUUUUUUUCCUCCUCCCUCCUGCCGUCCUUUUUUUCCUCCUCCCUCCUGUCGUCCUUUUUUUCCUCCUCCCUCCUGUUGUCCUUUUUUUCCUCCUCCCUCCUGUUGUCCUUUUUUUUCCUCCUCCUGUUGUCCUUUUUUUUUCCUCCUCCUCCUGUCGUCCUUUUUUUUCCUCCUCCCUCCUGUCGUCCUUUUUUCCUCCUCCUCCUCCUGUCGUCCUUUUUUUUCCUCCUCCCUCCUGUUGUCCUUUUUUCCCUCCCUCCUGUCGUUGCUUUUUUCCCCUCUCUCCUGUCGUCCCUUCUUUUUCUCCUCCCUCUCCUGUCGUCCUUCUUUUCUCUCCUCCCUCUCCUGUCGUCCCUUCUUUUCUCUCCCUCCCUCUCCUGUCGUCCCUUCUUUUUCUCUCCCUCCCUCUCCUGUCGUCCCUUCUUUUUCUCUCCCUCCCUCUCCUGUCGUCCCUUCUUUUUCUCUCCCUCCCUCUCCUGUCGUCCCUUCUUUUUCUCUCCCUCUUGUCUCUUAUCAUCCUUUCCCUUGUCUUUCAUCUUUCUUUUUAUUGCUUCCUCAGACUCUUUUGCUUUUCUCCAUAG